CUGGCCCCGAAGUCGCCUGGGGCGACAGGGCCGCACGGUGGUUGGGACGAGCCCAACUCUUUGACCGCUCUUGAUGGCGAUUUCUGUCUUGGAAAAAAAAAUCAUCCUGCCGGUCCUCUGUAUCCGUACAUACCUUAAUACAUAGAGUUGACCUCACUCGAGCAAGUUGGAAGACUGCAGCGAGCUUGCCAUGCACAGCCCAAGGUUAUAGACUGAACUCGCCCCCCGUUCUCGCGUUCGUCACAUUGGAGACGCAAUAGGGACUGCCAGUACCACCUAGCGAGAAGAUAUUCUUCCUCACUCACUCUUGGUGGGGGCAAUACACUACUAUGCUGGACCCAGAACUCGUCCUGCAUGAUGUUAUUGGCGCCAUUGCGGUGUUCUCGGUAGCACUCUUGACAGCGCCUGCACUCCGCUAUGCAUGGAGAACCACGGCUCCACUCAGACCACGAGGACACUACACGCAGCUCGACCAAACCAGCUAUGAAGACCUCGACGGUACCGCAACCGAGGACUCGAUCCGCGCAUACUCGGACACGCGGCCCCGGGUCGCUGUCUACCUAGGCGUCGUUGGCGGACUGGCAGCCUCUAUUGCCACCAGAAUCGUGGCCCUGAGACGUGACCUAGAUACAGACUCACCCCUACUCCCUAGCUUGGCCGACUGGGCCGAGCCAGCAUGCUGGAUAUUCCUCUGCCUGCAAUGCCUUUGUCUGCCUCCUCGGCACCAGCACCAGGCAAAGUUUCCCCUGACCGUCUCCGGCCUGGUAUCAGCCGUGGUAGUCGCCGUGUCGGUUGCUCUCCGCCAUGGCUACGAGGCACUGGCGUCGCUCUCCGGGUCCCAUGGUGGUGUCCUGAUGUUGGCCCUAGCGGUCCUCUAUCUUGCCCAGGUCGUCUUCGCCGUCGUCACGGCAGCUGGCUUUGCUGCCUUUCCGCGCCGUCCAGAUGUCUACGAUGAGACCGGCCUUGUUGACCAACAGCGCACCCUCUCGCUGCUGUCCCUGUUCUCUUUCUCGUGGAACAGGGUUAUUUUCGACAUCGCCAAGGAGCGCCAAAUGGAAAUCCAGGACAUCCCCAACCUCGACUUUGCUACUCGAUCCAGAAACCUUGUUUCGAGGUUUCUCGACCAUCAUUAUGAAGGACCGCUUUGGUGGCAGCUCAUCAAGAGUCACGCCGGCGAGCUUGCAUUGCAGUGGGCUUUGACUCUGCUCAUUGCCCUGUUGUCUUUGUUCCCUCAGGUUGUACUCUACAACUUCUUGUCGAGAAUUGAGCAGAGAGCAGACCACACGUCUGCUGACCCAACCCUCUUCGUAUGGGUGCUUGGCCUGCUGCUCAGCCAGCUUCUCCAGGUCGGAGUCAGCAAUUGGCUUCGGUGGAUCACAACAACUCGUCUGGAGAUCCCAGUGGGCUCACUGUUGCAGUCUGUUGUCUUCUCAAAGGCCCUCAAGCUGUACGAGACCGCGCCGCCUGGCCAGAAAAUGGACAAGCGCAAUGGUGACGGCCAGGACAAUGCAGGCGACGCCAACGGAAAGCCAGGUACGCAAGGAGGUAAAGUCAAGAAAGACAAGGAGCCGGAAACCAGACAGUCGGUAAUCAACCACAUGAAGCUUGACAGUGGCCGUGUCACCAUAUUCUGCAUGUACAACAACAACUUCCCCAUGGCUAUUUUCAACCUCGUACUCGCAGGUGGCUUCACCGUCAGAUUAAUGGGCUGGAUGCCCGUGCUGUGUGGCCUUGGCGCCGCAUCGCUCAUGGUCCCAUUGAGCUCCCUCCUGUCCAAGAGAUACACGUCGCUGCACUUUGGCCUGAUGAAGUACCGCGAUGGCAAGGCCCAUCUCCUCACUGAAGCCCUGCAGGGUAUGCGCCAGAUCAGAUACUCGGCUCUUGAGCAGCAUUGGGAGAAUAAGAUCUUGACCAGCCGCAAUGAAGAACUCGGCCAGUAUUGGAAAGUUGCCCUCUGGCAGUGUCUUGUCGUCUUCGUGGUCAACCUUGGGCCCCUGCUGCUUGCAAGCGUUACCUUCUUCAUUUAUGUGUGGCACAAUGGAACCCACAUCCGAGCUUCCGUCAUCUUCACUUCGCUCGGUCUCUUCGACCAGCUCGACGAGGCCGUAGCCCUUUUGCCGCUCCUGCAAAUGUACCUGCUCGAGGCUUGGACUAGCGCUGUCAGGCUGGAGAGAUACUUCAGCCAGUCAGAUAAGGAGCCCGUGUCGGAGCCGGGAGAUUCUAUUGUCUUUGAGAAUGCCACAGUGGCGUGGCCGAGGAUCGAGGACACCGAGAUUUCAAAAGGGGUUGAAGAAGAGCAGCGCGAGGCGCACUCGAUGCUCAGAGAUGCUACCCUCGAGUUUCCCACCGGCAAACUCAGCGUAAUCACUGGUAAAACCGGAUCAGGGAAGAGCCUCUUGCUUGCAGCUCUCUUGGGUGAGGUCAAGCUACUGGGCGGCAGGAUCAGCAUGCCUACUCCGCCACCGUUUGAUGAGCAUGCGGCGUACAUCCACGACUCUGAAUGGAUCAUCCCGCAGUUGACCGCCUUUGUCUCCCAAACGCCCUGGAUUGAGAGUGGCACCGCCAAGGAGAACAUCGUCUUCGGGCUUCCCUUCGUUGAGGACCGUUACCACAAGGUCCUUGCCGCCUGCGCUCUCGAAAAGGACAUGGAGCUUUUGGUCGAUGGCGAUGAGACCGAGGUUGGACCCAAGGGCGUCACCCUGUCCGGCGGACAGCGCUGGCGAAUCGCGCUCGCCCGGGCUCUCUACUCCCGCGCUGGCAUCUUGGUGCUCGACGACGUCCUCAGCGCUGUUGAUGCCCACGUAGGCAGACUGAUUGUUGAUAGGGCCCUGUCCGGGGAGCUCGCCCGAGGGCGUACUCGCAUUCUCGCUACCCAUCAUGCGGAGCUGGUGCUGCCUCAUGCGAGCUACCUAGUCCGCCUCCACGCCGGUGAGGUGGAAUCCGUCGAGCACCUCUUCCCAGUUGCGGUGGCUGCGUCUUCUGAGUCCGGGACAGCUGCGGCACCGCCAGACGAGACACCAGCAGAUGCCCAAAACGGCCACACCACUCCGGCGGAGCAGAAACAGGUAAAAAAGACAAACCAGGAUGAUGAACAGAGGGAGAGCGGGCGUGUCAAGUGGAAGGUGUACAAGGCCUAUUACCAAGCCAGUGGUGGUGCAGUUCCCUGGCUGAUUGGCAUCGCGAUUCUCCUCCUUGGUCACUUCUUGACUGUGGCGCGGACGUGGAGUCUGAAGGAACUCGCCCAACAAGCGGCAUCCGAGACUGUCCAUUCCGCUUUUCAGACCGCCCGAAUAAUGAUUUCUCAGAAUCACAUCGACCUACCUGGCUUCCGGACGACUAGUGGCGCUGAGCAUGGCAUCUUCUUCUGGCUCGGAGCGUUUCUCAUCAUCGAUUUCACUAUUCUUCUGGUUCAGAUCGUCCGCGUCAUCACGUUCUUCAUCGUGGGCUUGACGGCCUCCAGGGUUCUCUUCCAGAGGAUGACGCAUGCUAUCCUCCGAGCGCCCCUGCGCUGGAUAGACACCGUCCCGGCCGGCCGUAUCCUCAACCGCUUCACAUCCGAUACCUUCACUGUUGACAGACGGCUUUCCACUCAGACUUUUAGUCUUAUCCGCACUACGCUAUUCUUGGUUGUCGUUAUUGGUACAAGCUUGUCUGUCUCGGUGCAUGUCAUCUUCUUCGGCCUCUUCCUCUUCCUCUUCUACCUGCGCAUUGCCUGGGUGUACAUCAACGCCGCGCGCGAAGUCAAGCGGAUCAACUCGGUCUCGCAUUCUCCCAUCUAUGACCAGUUCAGCUCAGUUCUUUCUGGCCUGUCGACCAUUCGCGCUUUCGGCCGCACCAACUUCUACAUGGAGCGCAUGUACCGCCUGAUCGACAACAGCUCCAAAGCAUCCUGGGCGCUUCAGCUGUCCAGCCGCUGGAUGGCUUUCCGAAUGGGGCUGCUGGGCGCCCUGUUUGUCACCGUCGUCGCCAACGCCGUCGCCUUCAGCCGUGUUGACGCCGCGCUGGCCGGCUUCAGCCUGGCUUUUGCGCUGCGUUACACGAACGCGCUGACAUCUCUCCUCCAGGCCAUGACCUCGGUCGAGUUGGGCUUCAACGCAUGCGAGAGAGUGCUCGAGUACGCCGAGAUCGAGACGGAACCCGAGGGCGGCAUGGAUGCCCCGGCUGCCUGGCCGACCGAAGGCAGGAUCGAGGUUGACAACCUGACUGUCCGCUACGCGGAGGACCUCCCACCAGUUUUGAAGAAGCUCAAUUUCGUCGUUGGUGCUGGUGAGCGAAUUGGUAUCGUCGGACGGACAGGAGCAGGGAAGUCGACUCUUGCUGCGGUCCUCUUUCGUCUGCUCGAGCCUGUCGAGGGCAGUGUCCGCAUUGACAAUAUCGACAUUUCGCGCUUGAAGUUGAGUCAGCUGAGGAGCCGCCUGGCCAUCAUCCCUCAAGACCCUUUCCUUUUUUCCGGCACAUUGCGUUCAAACCUUGACAUGGAAGGCGUUCUGGACGACUACGAGCUGCUAGCGGCGCUUCAACGCGUUCACCUUAUUGAAGGCGGCAGCGACCCUGAACGUCCAUCCGAGUACCCCCCGGCCAACGCCGAUACCAAUAAUACCGCGGCAGCCAACCCAGUACCGACCGCGAAUCUGCCCUUUGACUCUGAGACAGCCACGGAGACAUCAAUAGCCGGGGAAACAGACCCGACACUCGCCGAUUCCAGCUCCGAAUCCAACGCCACCACCUCCACCACCACAAACAACAACACAAACAUCUUCGCCAACCUGGACAUGCCCAUCAGCACGGGCGGCGCCAACCUGUCGCAGGGCCAACGCCAGCUGGUGUGCCUGGCGCGGGCCUUACUCAGGCGGCCCAAGAUCGUCGUGCUCGACGAGGCCACCAGCGCCGUUGACAGGGGAACAGACAGCAGCAUUCAGGAGUCGCUGCGCAAAGAAUUUGCCGCGGCGGGCUGCACCGUCCUGGUGAUUGCCCACCGGCUGUCGACGGUGGCGGAUUUUGAUCGGCUGCUGGUUCUGGAACAGGGCCAGGUGGCUGAGAUGGGCAGUCCGAGGGAGUUGUUUGUCGCGGGGAUGAGGCGUACUGCUGGGUCUGGACCUUUUGGGGGUAGUGUGAAUGGAAAUGUGGAUGGAAUUGAGGCGGGAACACUGCGGAGAGAUGAGGGUGAGGGUGAGGGAGAUGGGCGAGGGCAAGGGCAGGGUUACCGGACGGGGGCUUUCUGGGAGCUGGUUCAGAAGAGCGCGGAGAGGGAUAAGCUGGUGGAGAUGAUUUUGGGCGAGGAGAAGGAUGCGGUUUGGGAGGAGGUCUUUGGCCAUGUGGCAGAUGAGAAGGCGAAGGAUGAGGGAAGAGGUUGAUAAUGGGUUGUCAGUGGAUAGGUAUGUUACUCAAGAUUAGAGCAUUGGGGGGUAGACAAAAUAUAAGACGGAGUUUCGGGUUCCCAGGGAUGGCG